CAAAAAAAAAAUGAAAAAAAAAAUCCUUUUAGUAGUAACCGAGUUAUGAUUUAUCGUUCAUUCGAUUUUUAAUGUACAAAUCGAUCAAAACAAUAUGGAAAAACCAAAAAAAGUAUCCAACAUACUUUAUACAAUUACAAUAUUUUUCAAUCAUUUUGCCUAUGGCAUAUCUUAUUAUGCGAUAGGACCGGCAUUGACCGAUUUAAGUUAUAUUUAUAAUGUAUCUUCAACAACGUUAAGUUAUUUUCCAACAUUUUUAGCAUUAGGCUAUAUGAUUGGAUCGUUGGGAGGAAUUGUUUACAAAUGGCUUAAUAGACAAUUAGUUCUAAUCAUAUUGGUAGCCACAAUGGCUAUUAUUAUUGCUUUUACGCCAUUUUUUGGUUCGAUAGAAUUAUUUUUUGUUGCAACGGCUUUACUAUCGAUUGGUGGUGGAUGUUGGGAUAGUGCUAUCAAUGUUUGGAUAGUUGAAAUGUGGCCCGAUCAUCAAGCAUCGGUUAUGCAAGCAUUACAAUUUAUGUAUGGUAUUGGUUCUAUAAUUUGUCCAUCUUUAAUGUCACCAUUCGUCAAAGGAAUUACGAAUCAAACUGUGAAUGUCGAAAAAAGAAGAACAUCAUUGAUGAAACCAUUCAUAGUCAUUGGUAUUAUUCAAAUAAUAGGUCCAGUAAUGUUGUUAUUUUUGUUUCUAAUCAAACAAUAUAAACGACCAAAAUGUUGUAAAGAAGGAGAACAAUCAUCAAUACCAAUUUCACAUCGAUAUCUCAAAUUAAUCUUAAUAUCAUUAUUGUUAAGCAUCUAUACAGCUGCUGAACAAGGAUAUUUUCUAUACUCACCAACAAUGUUUCAAUAUUGGACGCCAGCAAUGACAGCUAGUCAAUCUUCAAUUUUGUUGGCAUGUUUGACAGCAGCAUUUACCGUUGGUCGAUUAUUGACAGCAUUUAUUUUGUUGCGAUUAAAACCGGACAUAAUUAUCUCCUAUCAUUUAAUACUGAUAAUGUUGGCAUUGACUUGGCUAUAUUUUGGUCGUGAAAGUCGUACAAUGGUUUAUUCUGCAACCAUUCUGCUUGGAUAUGGUUAUUCGGCCAUGUGGCCAGCCAUUAUCGCAUUCACCGAACGUCAUCUUAAAUUGACAGAUCGUGCAAGUUCAUUAUUGUUUUUUGCCUCACAAUUAAUGACAUUCAUACUACCAUUCAUGAUCGGAUCUCAUUUGACUACCAAACCAUUAGUUUUACUCAUAUAUGAAGGCAUAUCGAUAACCACUUGUAUUAUUUUGUUUAUCAUCGUUAAUUUGUUGAUAUUGUUUGUUAAAUAAAAAAAAAUU